AUGCAGCCACAGCAGCAGCAACAGCAGCGUCGAAAAUUUGCAGCUGCCUUCCUGGCAUUCAUUUUCAUUUUGGCAGCUGUGGACAUUGCUGAAGCUGGCAAGAAAGAGAAACCAGAAAAAAAGGUGAAGAAAUCAGACUGUGGGGAAUGGCAGUGGAGUGUAUGUGUCCCAACCAGUGGGGAUUGUGGACUGGGUACCCGGGAGGGCACUCGGACUGGUGCAGAGUGCAAACAAACCAUGAAGACCCAAAGAUGUAAGAUCCCAUGCAACUGGAAGAAACAAUUUGGAGCAGAGUGCAAAUACCAGUUCCAGGCCUGGGGAGAAUGUGAUGCAAACACUGCCUUGAAGACAAGAACAGGAAACCUGAAGAGAGCUCUUCAUAAUGCUGACUGUCAGAAGACUGUCACCAUCUCCAAGCCAUGUGGGAAACUUACCAAACCCAAACCACAAGAAAGAAGUAGAAAGAGAAAGAAAGAAAGAAAG